UCCCGACCGCCGCUCGACUCGCUCCCCAACGCCCCUCCGCUCGUCUGUUGCUUCGGAAAGCGAAAAUUUGCGUCCCGCGAAGGAUGUCGAAGCGAGUGCGAAGCAAAGAGGUCUGCGCGGACUGCAGCGCUCCGGAGCCUCGCUGGGCCUCGGUCAACCGAGGCGUGUUGAUCUGCGACGAGUGCUGCAGCAUCCAUCGAGGUCUGGGGCGACACAGCUCCCAAGUCCGGCACCUAACCCACUCGGCGUGGCCCCCCUCCCAGUUUCAGAUGGUGCAGACGCUCUACGGCAAUGGCGCCAAUUCCAUCUGGGAGCACAGCCUUCUGGACCCCUCUUCAUCCUCUUCGUCUUCUUCCUCAGCCGGCGGCAAGCGCAAAGCCAGCCCUCAAGACCGCGUUCAUCCCAACAAGACAGAGUUUAUCAAGGCUAAAUACCAGAUGUUGGCGUACGUCCAUCGCAUGCCUUGUCGAGAGGAUGACAGCGUGACGGCCAAAGAUCUUAGCAAGCAACUGCAUUCCAGCGUUCGAACAGGGAACCUGGAGACCUGCCUAAGACUUCUUUCUCUGGGAGCGCAGGCUAACUUCUUCCAUCCGGAAAAAGGAAACACACCGUUGCACAUAGCAGCAAAAGCGGGACAAUUGUUACAAGCUGAACUGUUGGCUGUGUACGGCGCUGAUCCGGGAGCGCUGGACUCCAAUGCGAAGACUCCCAUUGACUACGCCAGGCAAGCUGGGCAUCAGGAGCUGGCCGAGCGCCUCGUGGAGAUCCAGUACGAACUCACUGACCGCUUGACGUUUUACCUGUGCGGACGAAAGCCAGAUCACAGAUUUGGGCAGCACUUCGUCAUCCCCCAAAUGGCAGACAGCAGUCUCGAUUUAUCAGAGUUUGCCAAAGCUGCCAAGAAGAAGCUCCAGUCUCUUAGUAACCACCAGUUUGAAGAGCUUGCGAUGGACGUUUACGACGAAGUGGACAGACGGGAAACGGACGCAGUGUGUUUGGCCACUCAGAACCACAGCACAUUGGUAACAGACACCACAGUGGUGCCGUUCCUGCCAGUCAACCCCGAGUACUCCUCCACCAGAAACCAAGGUCGUCAGAAGCUGGCGAGGUUCAGCGCCCACGAGUUCGCCACCUUGGUCAUCGAUAUUCUGACAGACGCCAAACGCCGGCAGUGGGGGAACUCCUGCGACAGUCCCAAAGAAAGCGUCGAGCUGAUCCUGCAGGGAAGGAACAGUCGCCACAACAGCGAGAGCCAGGAAAACGACCAGCCCGACUACGACAGCGUGGCCUCGGACGAAGAGCCGGCCCAGGAGGCGACCCGGGCCGACAGAAGGACCAAGAGCUCCGAGUCAUCGGACCUGUCGGACGGCCCCAUCACGGUCCGGGAGUUCAUGGACGUGAAGAGCGCCCUCACCGCCUCGGAGGCCAAAAUCCAGCAGCUCCUGAAAGUCAACUGUCACCUGAGCGAAGAGCUGAGGGCAAUGCAAGGCAAGCUGAACUCCCUGCAAACGGAGAACACAACGCUGCGCUGGCAGGCCCCCGCCGUCCAGCACCCCCCCCAAGGCCCCGCGGGACGCCGCCAGGCCCGCGGAGGACGCGCCAUGUCCAUGUACGAGACGGGUUCCGCCCCCAGACAUUGCCCCAACCGCGACGACACCGUUCGCCGGGACGACGGCGUCAUCUUGCAGCCCUUCCCGUCCAAUAUAGGGAGGGGCCCUUUGGGAACGGCCGCUUCCUCCCUCCCAUCCUUCCCCUCUUCCCUGUCCUGGUCCCGGGAUGAGAGAUCUCGAAGGGGCUGCAGUUUGGAGGCACACAGCACCACGGUCAACUGUGACGCUGCGCCCCGCCACUCUGAACCAGAGGAGACCGGCAGCCUCCCGGCAGGCUCCGAGGCGGCGGAGGGCGAGACGGCGAGCGAGGAAGACGCGACAGCCCUGCCUUGCACAGAGGACGUCAUCUGUAAGACGGAGCAGAUCACCAAGAACAUCCAGGACCUUCUGAGGGCCGCCCAGGAGACCAAAUAUGAAAGCUUCCUUCCAUGUUCAGAGAAGAUCUGCGUGGCUGUGAAGGAGAUGGCCGCCCUGUUUCCCAAGAGGCCGUCAUCGGAGACGGUCCGCGGCUCCCUGUCGCUGCUCACCUCCAGCGCCGGCCGGCUGCACGGCGAGUGCCGCGGGCCCUGCCCCCCCGCCGCCGCCGACGCCCAGCUGGUCACGCAGCAGGUCAUCCAGUGCGCCUACGACAUCGCCAAAGCCGCCAAGCAGCUGGUCACCGUCACCACCAAAGAGAACAACAACUAGUCAGAACCACCCCCCCCCCCCCCCCCACCCCCACCAUAAGUUACCACGUCACGAUUACAUUCCUUUAGCGUGCAACAUUGAACAGUAUUUAUUAAUACCUAGUGAACCAAAAUGAGGCGUUUAGGUGAGGGGUUCGCAAACUUUUUGGGCCCAGGGGAAAAAUAUUUAAUUGUAAUCCAGUUGAAUAUAACUGCGAUGCCAAAAAAAAAAAAAAAAAAAUGCAAUAUGAAUGAAAAAGUUGCCUACUUUUGAAAAAGGCUUUGUCAUCAAUAUUUCUAAGUUGUGAGAUUAUUAAAUCAAAAUUAAAGUCUCGUGAUGUUCACAUCUGAACAAGUACAUUUCAAAAAUAUACCUUGAUUUUAUUAUAUUACACCUUAUAUUAUUGAAAAGAUGGCGUACAUAAAAACAAAAACUAUAUCUAUUUUUUUU